UUGUUAAAUAUUGUUAAUUAUAUUUGAAAUAAUAUUUUAUUUAUAUUUAAAAUAAUAUUUUAAUUAUUUUUUGAAAUUUUGGGUAUAAAUGGUGAAGAAUGUGGAGGUUAAUAUUCUUCCCUGUUUAAUCAAAUAUUCCGGGCCCACAGUGUUUAAAACCAAAUUUAAAGAUAAAAUACGGAAACUAUCUGAAGAAUCCGAAGAUUCCCCAAGUUCCACAAAUGAAACAGAAUCUUCAGAUUCUACAAAUGCUACGGAUUCCACAGAUUCCGUAGCGAUUCCAGGCGGAUUUGACAUUAAAGACAUUUGUGGAAAUUGCGCCACUAACGCCAAUUUCUCAGUGGAGGUAACAGAAAAGCUAACGAGAGACGUGUAUUACUCUAUGAAAGGCGUGGAUAAACUCCUGAAAGACAACUACUACGUCUUAUUUAGAGGCCGUCAGAUGCGAGGAAGUAACUUAGCCCUGGAGAAUUUUGGGUAUAAAAUGAGCGUAGUUACCAGAGACUACAGACAUAAACAAUCAGACUACUCCAAAGCCACAGCAAAUCCUUCCAUACACCUCACCAAAACCGCCGACGUUUCUUCCGUCACGGUUUGGGAGCUUGAGAAUGAUGUUAGUCCACUAAGUGAUAAUCUCGCCGCUUACAAAUAUUUAUUAUUAUCCAAACCCUUGAGUGAUUAUGAAGGUGAAGAGGAAUAUUUCAAAUCUCUAAACACUGAUUUCACACAAUAA